GAGAAUUUAAACAUUAAGAGAUAAAAUGGGAAUGAAAAGUUUGAACGUGAUCUCAUGGCACUAUCAGACACCUGAAAGGAGAGCUUUGAAAAGGAAUCGACUAGGACCACCGGAUGUUUAUCCGCAGGAUGCAAAACAGGAGGAGGAUAACUUGGGGGCGGAUCGUUUGAAGAAGGGUUAUCAAGUUGCGGUAACAUCGUAUGAGCACGAAUCUAUUGUUUAUAACGUCAAGAUGCCACGAUUGGAUCGUUUGGAUGAUACGAUGUUACGCGGAGCCCAGUUAGUAAUGCAAAUAAUGGCCAAGAAAAUGGAACUAAAUGCAAAUCUUGAUAAAGAAAGAAAGCGUGCCGGUAGUGCUAUUACCAAAGAAAAUAUUGGAAGCGGAGGAAACGGCGUGGGA